AUGAGUGCCGAGGAUUCAAUUUACGUCGAUGACAGUGACGACCAGUCGUGUAACGAUGAAAUUCCGAGGCUAAAUGUCAAUUCCAGGAGGACGACGCCGAUGGACACUCGCGUCAUCGGGGAAUCCGAGUCCGAGGAUGGAGAGGAAAGUCAUCUAGUGUUGAAGGACUCAAGUCCCAACAGGCGCAGCAGUGACAGCGGAACUGUCAACUCGGAGGAAGAGGACAUGGAGUUUUUUAAUGCUAGUCACAAAGUCUCUAUCGAAAUUUCAUCGGAUUCAGACAGUUCACCAGAGAUAAAACCUAGAAAAAACCCUAAUUUAAAAAGACGUUCCAUUUAUGAUAAUCCAGAAUCGCCAUUUACGCCAGGAAAUAAGCGUACUCCUGUAAAUCGUAAAUCAAAAAAAAGACUUCGAAGAAUUGUAACCAUUUCUGAUUCUGAAGCAGAAAAUAUUUCAGUCAAUCAGUCAAGUGUAUCAUACAAAAAGUCCGAUUCUGAAUUAAUCAGUGAAGACAGUGAUAAAGAAAUGAAUGAAGUUAACGGUAAAGAUGUUACAGGCAAGUCUAUGAAUUAUACUGAGGAGUCUGAUGAUCAAGAAAUGGUAGAAUUGAAUAACAAAAGUACCAGAGAUCAUACCGAUCACAAAAUUAAUAGAGAUUCUUCAGAUGAUGAAAACAGUCAUCACAACUCAAGUGAAAGCUCUGGUGAUAAGGAAAAUACACCAAUUCCAAAUACUAUGAGUACAAGAAAAAAUGUAUCGGCUAAAAAAAAAUCCUUGAAUUUUCAAAAUUUGAGUAGACGUUCAAGAGUCUAUCAAAAGAAGGCAUCAGAGCAACUUAACUUCACAGAUUUACUUGAUGAUUCUUCAGAUUCAUCAACAAAUCUGAACGUUAGAUCUAGAGCUACAAGCUCCAUUGGUUCAAUCGAAGAAACUAAAAGAAGACUUUUUGAGGAUAAUAAUCCUGUGGAUUUAACUAAUGAUGAAAUUAAAUUACCAGUUAAAAACGAAAACAUGAAUAGUGCCAUUAUCGUUCUUUCUACUAGUACUUCAGAAAGUGAAAUGGAUAAAGAUGCUGUUGCUUUUGCAAAACAAGAGAUUGGAACCAGUAACGGGGAUCCCAUUCUAGCUCAGAAAAAAGAAAUGUUAAUGCUGAAAAUCAAUUCUUUACAGGAAAAACUUGACAAACUGAAUAAAUUUACCAAGUCUAUUGAUAUUCAAAAAUUACCUGAUAAAGGAGAAAAAGUGUAUCAGGAAAUUAAGGGUCUCCAAAGUAAACUAGCGCCUUUAAAAGCUGAGUUAGAAAAAGUGGAGCGCAAAUCCAUGUCAAAAAUAAGAAACUCGUCAACCCCAAAAAUAAAAUCAGAACCUGCAUCUUCUUCUAACUGGUCACCAAGAGAUUCAGCACUUGAUGAUAAAAAGAACAUUAAAAUAAAAGAUGAAAAUUGGAAAACGUCUGAGUCUGACUAUCAUAAUAAGUUUGAAGAUUUUGACGUCAAAGAUAUCCCCAAUGUACCUAAGACAAAUUUCAAUACCAAAGACCUCGGAAAACAGGCUUUGGAAACUUUGAACAAACAACAGUCACUAACUAAUCAAAGAUUGGAGCUACUUCACGGUUCUUUAACAUCACGUCCUUCGGAAGACCAAAGAGAUAAAGAUCCUAAAGGUUUGAAUAUUCCUUUGAUGGCCCAUCAACAACAUGCAUUAGCUUGGAUGAAGUGGAGAGAAAAUCAAAAGCCAAAGGGUGGAAUUCUUGCUGAUGAUAUGGGUUUGGGAAAGACUUUAACUAUGAUAUCAUUGGUUUUGGCCAAUGUGGAUACUGACAAAGAAAGAGAUAGCGAUUCCAGUAGUGAUGACGACUGGUAUCCGCGAAAGUUACACAAAAGAUACUACGGUGGCACUUUGGUUGUAUGCCCAGCUUCUUUGAUCAAUCAGUGGGAGUCAGAAGUGAAAAAACGCGUUAAAAGAGGUCUCUUAUCAGUCUUGGUAUUUCAUGGAUGCAACAGACAAAUGGACGAAAGAAAAUUGUCUAAAUAUAACAUAGUCAUAACGACGUACCAGACUUUAGUUAGAGAAGCUGCAAAAGAAACGAGUUUUUACAAAAUGGAAUGGAGUAGAGCUAUUCUCGAUGAAGCUCAUAUCAUAAGAAAUCACAAAAGUCAAGCCAGCAUAGCAGCGUGCGGUGUAAGUGCAAGGCGCAGAUGGGCCCUGACCGGAACGCCCAUACAAAAUAAAGAGGCAGACUUGUACGCUAUUCUCAAGUUUCUGCAGUGUUCGCCUUUCGAUGAUCUGCAAGUGUGGAAACGGUGGGUUGAAAACAAAAACGAUGCUGGCAAGCAGAGACUGAUUACGCUCAUGAAGACGUUGAUGUUGCGUCGUACGAAGAAAGAACUGAUGGCUAAGGGCGCCCUCGAGUCCUUGCCUGAAAAGUUUUUCGAGACUAUUGAAAUCGAGAUGGAUCGUGACGAAAACUUGGUGUACCAAAAGAUUCUAAUGUUUUCGCAAAACUUGUUUGCUCAAUUUUUGGCACAACGCGCGGAGAAACACCAUAUGAAAGAAUUGUAUGGAGGAAAAUUUGAUAAAAAAUCGCCUUUAGGUAGCGUCUCGCAUUUUACCAAGGCUCAAAAAAUACUGCUGCAACAUCACUCCCAACAAAUCGAGUCUCACGAAAUCUUAGUUCUACUAUUGCGACUGCGGCAGAUGUGUUGUCACCCGGCUUUGAUUCACAAGAUGCUAGAUCGAAUGGACGCCGAAUUGAACGGUAUCGAGGAUGCGGAAAACUUGAACGAGGAUAUAUUGCAGCAACUUCAGAAUAUGUCGAUCAAGGAGGAUGAAAACGUCGAUGAGGAUGCUGCCAAUUAUAAAUUCGAUACGAAAAUUGCAACUAAUCUCUUGACAAAGAACAAUCCGGUUUUUAGCAAUAAUCGACGCAGUUCCAAAGUGCGCGCGGUCUUGAAAAAAAUUAAGGAAGUUUUGGAAAAAGGAGAUAAGCUAAUAGUAGUAUCGCAAUGGACUGAAUUUCUCAAGGUGGUAGCUCAAAAUCUUGUAAAUUGUGAAGAUGUCAAGUAUAAAAUGUUCACCGGAGAAGUCGCAAUAAAGGAUAGACAGCAAAUUGUUGAUGAAUUCAACAGUCCACGUAGUGGGGUAAACGUUUUAUUUUUGUCACUAACUGCUGGUGGUGUUGGUCUAAAUCUAGUUGGAGCGAAUCACGUGCUUCUUAUCGAUCUUCACUGGAAUCCACAAUUAGAAUCACAAGCUCAAGAUCGCGUAUAUCGAUUUGGUCAGAAAAAAAAUGUCUUCAUUUACAAAUUCUUUUGCAAAGAUACAAUCGAAGAAAGAAUAAGAGUAUUACAAGAAAGGAAAUUAGAGUGUGCAGAAUAUGUGUUAACUGGAACGAAAUCAACGUCUGCAAAACUAACGCUUGAUGAUCUCAAGUUAUUGUUUUCUUAGAUGUUAAUUAAGUAUAUUUAUUA